ACGAGCUUCCGUUUUAUACCAUCUCUGCGUUCUCUGUUUUCUGUUAUUAAAGCGUUCUGAAAAUUGAAUUAAGUAAUGUUAUUAAGUUGUUAGCUUUUAAUCCAAAGUAAAGGUCAAACUUGUGACCUCUAAAUAAAUUUAGAAAUUUCCUGGUGCAAAAAUUUCCCACCCACUCAUUCACACAUCUAUGCAAAACUAGGGGAGCGCAACCAUUAGAAAGUCAGCUGGUUGUUCGCAUUUACCUGACAGUCACCCACAAGCUUGGGAUGUUUUGCGUUUGAUUGUUUAUUCAAAAGUCAAAUUGCUCGAUUAUGGCAAACUGCAAGAUGCUUCCAAGAGUUUCACGCCGCUUGGUCGCUUUUGAUUUUGACUGCACUGUGGUGGAUGAUAAUACGGACACUGUUGUGCGUGACCUGUUACCAGUCGAUAAGUUUCCCAGUGAUACUAUUAUUCACAAACAAGGAUGGCAAGAAUACAUGGCUGAUGUUUUUCGACGCUUGCAUAAGCAAUGUUAUUCGCCACAAUCGAUUCGCGACAAAAUACGCGGCAUACCGGAAGUACCUGGUUUUGUGCGAUUGCUGAAGCGGCUGCAUCAAGCGCCGGAAAACAAAUACGAUCUAAUCAUUAUCAGUGACUCGAACACCAUCUUCAUAACAGAAUGGCUGGAGGCGCAUGGUCUGACAAAUUGUUUCGAAAGUAUAUUCACAAAUCCAGCAUACUUUGACAACGAUGGCUUGCUGCAUGUACGCCCCUAUCACCAUCAGACCGAAUGUAAAUUAAGCGCUUCUAACUUGUGCAAAGGUAAAAUAUUGGAACAUUUUGUGGCCAAACGAAAUUUGCGUGAUAAUACGCAAUACGAGCGCAUCAUAUACGUCGGUGAUGGCCACAAUGACCUGUGUCCAGUGCUGAAACUACGACAGGGCGACAUAGCUUGUCCACGGCGAGAUUUCGCGUUGGACAAAAAGAUUACAGCACACCGGGAUAAAAUGGAUUUGCGGGCGGACAUUAUUAAGUGGAAGAGUGGUUUUGAAUUGCUGAAACAAUUGGUGGAACGUGACGCCGCAUUGGAUGAUGGAGAUGCAGACGAGCCCAAGUCUGAGUCAACCAAACAGUAGAGUGUAAAUUGAUGACAACAAAAUUUGCAAUUUCACUAAUCUACGUAUGUCAACUCAAUACUAACAAGUGUCGUGGUGUGCCUAGUAUUAGCUCAAUUGCGUUUUAUUCCUCAAUGACUUUGUGUGCAUGAAUUGAAAUUUGACUUUGUGUACUUCUCAUUGCUGCAAUUAACAAAAUACUUCCCAUAACUGUAAUUUGUAUUUGUAAACAUUUGUGUAAGAAGUGUUAGAUGUGGGUGUAAAUAAAUUUGUGUAAUAUGUAUGUUUGUAAUGCUAGCAACAAAAGCAUUUUUUAUUGUACCUACUCACGGUACUAUAUUCAGAUGUGAAAGUAAAUAUAUUUUUUAGACGUUUCCGCAGCUCAUUAAAACUGCAUUAUUGCAUCAAUAAAAGAAUAAAAGUGAAAAAAAUAUAUAAAAAUAUAAAAAAACCUG